AUGGCCUGGGCGAACGCCCCGAAAAACGCCCCGUUGCUGGCAGCGAAGGUGUUGACGGUGGCCCGGGUCCGGUUGUCCCACCUCGUCGGAGCUGAAGAGGCCCCGACCCGACUGGAGAUUCCGGAAGUAGGCGUUGUCGAAGGUGUUGGGGGUGGUCGGGUCCAUGUUGAUCGCGACCCGCGGGUCGACGUUGACCGGGCACAUCUGCCGCAGCUGCGCGGCGUACUGCGGGUUCAGGGUCGGGUCGGUCCUGCUCGCCGGGAAGAUUCGGUUCGAGAACCGGCUGCAGUGGGAGAAGCCCAAUCAACCAAAUCAGUGAUGGUGAGACCAUUUCUAGAAAACAUGGUACUAAGCUGGUCCAAAUUGAAGCCUGGCCCUGGAAGCCUUCGCUGGACGCUUGCCGCAGUCGAAAUUCUCCCGUCUCGUCUUCCUAGUUCGACUGUGUAA